UAUUUCACAGAUUUCUAAAUGAUUUUUUCUUAAACUCUAUAAAUAUUAGAUGUAGUUCUUGGUUAACAGCUAUUUUUCUCCAUUUUUAAUAUAUGAAAAUAAUAUAUAAAAAACAUACUUAAAACCGUUUUGCGAAAAGUGGCACAGUGUCAAAUUAGUAAAUAUAAAUUUCGUAAAUUCCGUAAAUUUUCAAAAAGGGGCAUAUAAAUCUUUUUCAAGUUUUCCAAAAUUUUUUUUUGUUUUCUUUAGCUUUAAAUAAGUAAGUUACUCCGUAGAGAAGUACAUGCUCAACACAUUUAGAUGGGAAUUUCGAUAACUCCCAAUUUUUUCUGUAUAAGAAAAAUACAAUGAAAGCCAAAUAGCAAAAAAACAAAGAUAAUAUUUCUAUGAUUUCACAAGGAUUUCACAUAACAAGGAUAUUUUAUUCUCGAUUAAUUUUUGGUGUAAACCACUGCUAAUGUCAUAAAUUAGAACUGCAAAAAAUGGUAUAAUCCUUAAACAACAAAUUUAAACACCAUUGGUCCUCGUUUGCCUUAGUUAAUCCAAAUAACAAAAGCAAGUCACUCACCAGUGCAAUUAGUCAUUAUUUUCAAAAAAUUAAAAUAUUCUGUAUCGCACCCGCUACGAAAACUUCCAUCUCACUGUAUUGACCGCACUCCACGUAUAUAUAUUGUAAUAAACUUCUGCUAAAAUAAUAUUAUCACGUCCUUAGUGGCAACGGAUUUGUUCGAUCGGUAUCGGUUUGGGCACGCGCUUGAGCCAACUGCAGCGCCAUCUAACGACGAAGUUUUGAGACUCGCCUCGUUACUCGAUGAAACGCCUUUUAGAACAUAGAUGGCACUGCACUUCGACAUUUUAAUCCAAGUUUUAUUUAUUAUUUAUGCCUAUUAAUUCUGCGAUAAUACGAACUAAUAAUUUCAUUCUCGGAAAUACAUAACUUAAGACCUUUAAGUUCUAUUCCUUGCAGUCAGUGAUGGCCAAUGUACGCACGUGUUUACAAUUUUGUAUUUUUGUAAAUUUAAUGCCUCUCACGACCCCUUCGUAUGGGCGAUUUGUUUUGAUUUCAUCACCUUCCCUACCGCUGGGACAGCGCCGUUCGGCUUUUUCUUGUACUGGGUAGUUCGUUAUAUUUCGACACCCGCGUAUAGCGUUGAUCCAUAUUGUUUAAAAAUGGUCAAGUCUGCCUUGAUAGCAACCAUAUUAUCUAUGUUUGCAAAAUGUUCUACUCAUCAAAACUAAGUAUCUGCAGCGUAAGUUAAAUAACUUAAGAUAUUUCAAAUGCUGAGGAAGUACAACGCCAAACAAUAAAAUUAUCUACGAUUUAAGCUAACAAUAUAUAGGGCAUUCCGUUAAAAAAAAAGAUUUUGACCGCUUGCGAUCGAGAGGAAAUCGUCAAGCGAACUAUCCGAAGGCCUUUGGAGAAUUUUUUUAUUUGAAAAAAAACGGCGCUAAGCGAUUUUCGCCUCGAAACGACCGGACUAAGUCGAGCGCGCGGCUGACCGUCGUCCGGCCCGACGCCCGGCGUCGCCGUCCGCCACGGUCAGUACGCCGCAAUCAUGGGUUGCGCGAGCAGUGCCCCUAUCGUAGAGUCCGGCAAGAACCUGGUGGAGACCGCCAAGGAAACCGCCGCGGAGACGGUGGCCAAGGGGGAACGCGUCAUUCUGAACGCGGGCGAAGCCGCCAAGGAGAGCGUCGAGUCGGUCAAGGAGACCGUCCACAACGCGGUCGCCUCCGCCGAGGAGUCACUCGGCAAGAUUGGCGACGCGUUCAGUUUCGCGUCCAACAAGGUCCAGGAGGCGGCCGACGAAGUAGACGUCGUCGGUAACGGCGCCGAGGCCGUCUCCGAGGCCGAGACCGUGCUCGCGUCCGAGGCGGACCACGUGCGGGAGGCGUUCGCGUCGAAGACGACGCCCUUCUUCGAGACCGUCCGUUCCGUCGAGGAAGACGUCGCGGCGCCUAAGAACGGGGAGGAGAAGUACGACAUGCUAGGCGAGGACGUGGAGGACGACGUGGCGCGCGACGCCGAAGAGCUGCUCGGCGAGGACGCGACGACGAAGCAGGAGGAAGCGACGCCGACGUUCUGGGAGGCGGCCGCGGACGCCAUCUUGGCGCGCAAGGCGUUGAAAACGUUGGAGGCGCCGGUCCGCGGUCAGGACAGGAUCUUUUACGCCUCCGCCGUCGAGCGGGCGCCCGAAACCGCGGGCCCCGAACAGGACCUCGUGCUGGAGAACACCGAGGAGGAGGACAAGUCGUGAAAUCGCGCCCACGCGACCCGAACACUUCCGGGGAACGCGCCACUUAAACAAAAAGAAGAAGAACUAACCUAGUUUAGAUG